AUGCCAACUCUCAACCUCGAUCUGCCUAACGGCAUCAAGUCGACCAUCCAGGCUGACUUGUUCAUCAACAACAAGUUUGUGCCCGCUCUUGACGGCAAGACUUUUGCGACCAUCAACCCUUCCACCGGUAAGGAGAUUGGUCAGGUCGCCGAGGCUUCCGCCAAGGACGUUGAUCUCGCUGUCAAGGCUGCGCGCGAGGCAUUCGAGACUACUUGGGGCGAGAACACACCCGGUGACGCUCGUGGCAGACUUCUGAUCAAGCUCGCCGAGCUGGUCGAGGCCAACAUUGACGAGCUUGCUGCCAUCGAGUCGCUCGACAACGGCAAGGCCUUCUCGAUCGCUAAAAGCUUUGACGUCGCUGCCGUCGCUGCCAACUUGCGAUACUAUGGUGGCUGGGCCGACAAGAACCACGGCAAGGUCAUGGAGGUCGACACCAAGCGCCUCAACUACACGCGCCACGAGCCCAUCGGCGUGUGUGGUCAGAUCAUCCCUUGGAACUUCCCCUUGCUCAUGUUCGCCUGGAAGCUCGGCCCUGCGCUCGCCACAGGUAACACGAUCGUCCUCAAAACCGCCGAGCAGACACCACUGUCAGCCAUCAAGAUGUGUGAGCUUAUCGUCGAGGCCGGCUUCCCGCCUGGUGUGGUCAACGUCAUUUCCGGUUUCGGUCCCGUCGCCGGUGCCGCCAUCUCACAGCACAUGGACAUUGACAAGAUCGCCUUCACCGGCUCAACACUGGUGGGCCGCAACAUUAUGAAGGCUGCUGCUUCGACCAACCUGAAGAAGGUGACGCUCGAGCUCGGCGGCAAGUCGCCCAACAUUAUCUUUAAGGACGCCGACCUGGACCAGGCGGUUCGAUGGUCGGCGUUCGGUAUCAUGUUCAAUCACGGACAAUGCUGCUGUGCGGGCUCGCGUGUCUAUGUGGAGGAAUCGAUCUAUGACGCUUUCAUGGAGAAGAUGACUGCCCACUGCAAGGCGCUCCAGGUGGGUGACCCCUUUUCCGCCAACACGUUCCAAGGUCCUCAGGUUUCGCAGCUCCAGUACGACCGUAUCAUGGAGUACAUCGAGUCCGGCAAGAAGGACGCUAACCUUGCGCUCGGUGGUGUGCGCAAGGGUAACGAAGGCUACUUUAUCGAGCCUACCAUCUUCACCGACGUUCCUCACGAUGCCAAGAUUGCCAAGGAGGAGAUCUUCGGCCCUGUCGUGGUCGUCUCCAAGUUCAAAGAUGAAAAGGACCUCAUUCGCAUCGCCAACGACUCGAUCUACGGCCUCGCUGCCGCUGUCUUCAGCCGCGACAUCAGCCGUGCCAUCGAGACUGCCCACAAGCUCAAGGCCGGCACCGUCUGGGUCAACUGCUACAACCAGCUCAUCCCUCAGGUUCCGUUCGGCGGUUACAAGGCGUCCGGUAUCGGUCGAGAGCUCGGCGAGUAUGCGCUCAGCAACUACACAAACAUCAAGGCGGUGCAUGUGAACCUCAGCCAGCCUGCCCCUAUCUAA